AUGUCUUCAUCUGAUCACAGCAAGGACGAAAAUCUUUCACCACCAAGGAAGAAAACUAAACCAUCCAAUCAAGAAGAAGAUGUAGAUUUUGACUACUUGAUUGCACAUAGCAAUGCUUCCGAUUUGUUGAAAGCAGAUAAGGGAGUAUUCAAAGAAUGGAUCAUUGAAAACCAAGACAAGUUUGGCAAGAUUGUUGCAUCAGAAAAGAAUCCUGAAAUGAUGAAUGUUUUGGUUGAUGCUGCUGAUUUAUAUCUUCUCGAUUGGUUGUUUGUUGCAGAUGAGAAUGAAAAGAGUAUUGAUGAUGAAGAAGAGUAUGAAAUAGAUUACUCCACUAAUAGAUUGAUUGAUAAGAGAACAACAUUGUGUAUGGCAUGUGAAUUGGGCAAUGGAGAGAUGGUGAAAUUGCUUCUUUCAAAGGGUGUGAAAAUUGAUUUGGGAACAACUACACCAUUGUUUGUAGCAUGUGAAAAGGGUGAUUUGGAAAUUGUUGAACUAUUGCUUUCAGAGAGUAAAAAGUUUGAUAUUUCAAAGGGAAGACUUGAAGAAUCGGUUGGCGAAGAUCAUGCAGAGUUUGAGAGUUGUUUCAGUGGAGUAACACCACUCUUUAUUGCAUGUUUGAAUGGAUUUGUUGAUAUUGUGAAAUUAUUGCUAUCAAAACAAGAAAUUGAAAUUAAUUUGGGAUAUAUUACACCACUAUAUGGAGCUUGUAUGAAUGGACAUGAGGAAAUUGUCAAAUUAUUAUUGGAAAAUUCAAAAAUUAAGGUAAAUAAGGGAAAGCACACCUACUCAGGUUAUUGGGAUGGAUAUGGUUAUACUAAAGUCAAUAAUGAAAAACCAAUAACAAUUGCAGAGAGUAAGAAAUUCGAUAAUAUUGUUGCAUUAUUGAAACAAGUGAAAAUAACAAAUGACAGUGAUGAAGAGAAUGACGAGAAUGAAGAGGAAGAAGAAAAUGAGGAAUAA